AUGAAUCGCGCCGUCCUUGCACGUCUCGUCGUCCCUGCCACGUUUGGGGGUGUGGCGUUCGGCUUCUGGUACACCGUGGCGCACGGCAGGAGCCCCUACGCCGACCUGCGGGCCUGGGCAAAGGGUCACACUGCAGAUGAGGAGCAGCCACUGAAGGCUGUGACCCUCAAGCUGCGCUGA